UAUUUACAGGAAGAAACAAGAACUCGCUGACCUGUACAUUGGUUUUUGCAAAGACGCGCAUGAAAGAUGCUAAACAUUCAAAUAAUCUGCGUGCAGUUGUAAAAUAGUUCAACCUUGCAUAUAGAAUGCUAAAUAUAGCUAGAGCAAAAAUGGUCAGGCCUUCCUGUGGUUUGUACACUAGUUAUUAUGUGGAUGACUUACCCUGCAGGAGUUAGCCUAACGAGGCUAAUACCACCACCAGACAGGUUUUAAAAAGUUGUAGUCCUAUCUCGAAUCGAACCACAGUUUGCUGCAAAUCGGAAUGCCCAUUCUAAUCUGCAACGAAGUCUUGACUUGUUAUCAUGAUGCGCCUCAUAUCCAUCCUCUUACUGACGUUAUGUUACUGGCAAGCCAAGAGAGGUGCGGCGGCAAAUGUCUCAAAGAUGCUGGAGCUUACUCGGGAGACUUUCACGGAGAGGAUGCUGUCUGGGAAAUUUUUCUUUGUGUACUUUGGAAAACAAGUGAAUCCAACCCUUGAGCUGUUCCUGGAGCAGCUGGAGCUGUCUGCAGAAGCUCUGGAGGAUUAUGGCAUUUCAGUGGCAAAGAUUAACUGUACAAAAGAAGACAUUCCAAAAUAUUGUGGGGCUGAGAAGCUGUUGAAGAAGGCCUGCUUGUUUCGAGGCUCUGAGGUGCUGAGGAGUUUUGACACAGACACCGUGUUUGAUGUCAAUGCUAUUGUGUCUCACAUACUUUUCACUGUGCUUUUCAAUGAGGUGCGCUAUGUCCACACUCCUGCAGAGCUGCUCAGCAUUGAGAGGGCUGCUAAGGGUAAAACUGAUGUCGUCUUCAGCCACAUCCAAGUGCUGGGGCUCCCAGAACACAGAGCUCUGAUGGAGACUGCGUUUGUGUAUGGAGCCAAGUUCCAGUUUGUGUUGACCACUGGAGGUCCUGUGCUGAAGCAUAUGGGUGCGGAUGACCCUGCGUCUCUGCAGGCUGGCCUGUGGUUCCUGCACUGUAAGGAAGUGAUGCGUGCAGCAGAGCCCUGUUCACACACGGCCAUGAGGCGACCGCUCACCACCCUCAACAUCUACGCCUUCCUGCAGCUUAUGGAGGCGCCACUGCUGACUGAAGCGUGGGUGGACCCUGCCGAGGUGGAGGUGGACUACAGUCACCUCCAGGUGCCCCUUCUCUUCCUCUUCACUCAGGCCCAGACGGAGAGCCUGGACCGGGCCACAGCUGAGGCGCUCGCCAGGAGCCUACGGGGAGAGGUCGGAGUCGUGCUCGUCCACAGGGAUAGCCCAGAUGUUCAAACCCCUGUGACGUACAAUGCAGCCUACAGGCUUUCAGACAUGGCUGCCGUGAAGCACGUCACAUUUAACAACAUGGAGGAAGUGGUCACACUUUUCAAAGAGGAAGUGGUCACACUUUUCAAAGAGGCGGUCGCUUCUGUGCGAGAGGAGGUGGCAGAGGAAGAGGACGAGGACGAUGAAGAUCAAUGGACCACUCUGGAUGUGCUGGACGAUGAGGUGGCCGAGUCUGUGUACAGAGACCGGGAUCAGAUGCUGGACCUGGAUCCAGUCUUAGAGCUCACUGCAGAUACCUUUACCAGUGCACUAGCACAGCAUGACCACCUGGUGGUGCUGUUUUUCAUCAAAUGGGAUGCUGUUUCCAUGGCUUUCCUGCAUUCAUUCGUUGAGGUUGCUGAAGCAUUGGAAGGUCUCCCUGACGUCGCUCUGGUGUCUGUAGACUGUGGAGAGUGGACAGACGUCUGCGGCGCCCAACAAAUCAACUCCUUCCCCUCAGUGGUGGAGUAUCACCGCGGCGAUGGGGCCCAGCUGUACCGCGGCAUGAUGGGAAGUGAGAGCCUGCACAGGUUCAUCCUGCUGAGUCGGCUGGGCAGCCCGCUGCGCCUCGCGUCCUCUGAGGAGGUGCGGACCUUCCUGGAGGGGGGGUUGGACGAGCCCCACGGCGCCCUCACCCCCGUCAGGGCACUGGGAGCCUUCAGCUCCAGACGGGACCCAGGAGUGUCCUUAUUUGAAGAAGCGUCGAAAGGGCUGAGGGGAGAGAUACUGCUUGGGAUGUUUGUUGACACUCCGGCCCAAAACUGGGCCCGCAAGCUGCCCGUGGAUCUGCCUGCGCUGCUGGUGUCUCGAGGUUCUGAGGGACCGACGGAGGUCCACUCCCUUCAGGCCUCCUCCCCGGGAGAACUCAUCACACUCAUCCGCAGCACAACGCUGGACCCAUUUCCGGAGCUGACCGUGGAGAAUCUGCCCCAGUACCUGGAGCUGCAGAUGCCCCUGUUGCUGCUGUUUGUGAGGGAGGAGGGGCUAGAGAGUAGCGCCGCCCUGCUGGAGAUGCGGGCACUGCUACACGCCGGGCACCUGCAGCGCUACCUGCCAUGCUGGAUAAAUCUUCAUAGGACACCUGCAGGCAGCUCUGUGUUGGAGUCCUACCUGGGCGCCUCGCCCCAGCUCCCAGCUUUGGUGCUCUCUCAGCUGCGCUCCGGAGGAGAGGUGUUCCACUUCCCCCCACAGCGCCCCCUGCAGUCUGGGAGCAUCCUCCAGUGGCUUCAGGGUGUGGAGAGGCAAGAUGAAGAGCCUGCAGGUGUUGUUCCAGAUGAGAGAUGGGGGCCCAGCGUGCCUUUCUUUGACUUCCUGUCCGUCAUGGACGAGGAGCUGCCAGGCUACGCUGCCCAGAGGACCACCAAGGCCAAGACUGCUGACGGCAGAGAAGAGGCCCGCCCAGUGCGGAGGACAAGCGCAAGGGAGGAGGAGGAGGAGGAGGACCAUGGUGAAAGACGGAGCUCUGGUGCUCCUGCACACACACCCUCACCUCACACACACUCUGAACUCUGAGAGCGAUACACACACACACACACGAUGUGCAGGCAUACACUCACACUCACACUCAGAUUUACACUCUGAUCUCUGAGAGCGAGAGGAAACUUCUCGCCCCACUGGAGACUGUUGGGAAAGAGCUGACGCACUUACACACACACACACACACACACACACACACAGUAAUGAGCCAUGUCUGCUUGCAUUUCCUCUCUUUUCUUGCUUAUAUGUGUUUAUAUUUAAUCUGUAGUAAACACAGAGGGCCACUUCUGUUUACUAGUUUGUUUCAUCCAUAAAAAACUGACUUCACUGAAACUU